AUGGCCGCCAACUCGAUUGUUGUUCAAAAACCGCCGAGCACCUACAUGUGCUCUUUUUCGCUCUACACAUCUACAGUAAUCAUGGCGAUGCUCCAGACCAUUCUUUCAGCAUUACUGGCAGUCCUGUACAAAGUCAAAAUCGAGGGAGACAGUGUGAUCGUCCGAAUCCUGUUCUGGAUCCACGUGUGCUGCUCCGUUUCGGCACUUCUCUUCUCGUUGUUUUGCAUUGCGAAACGAAAAAUUGGGUCAACGUACGAAGUCGUUCUUCAUGGAUAUCUGCUCAGUGUGCUCAUCAACGGCCUAACGUCGCUAUUCGGUGUACUGUACAUUCCACUGUUCUUCCUCCAAACCACUCAUUCUCUCAUGGAAGGGCUCGACUAUUUCAUCUGCUUCAGCCUCUCCGGUGUCCUUCUCUUCCUCCAAUGGGCCGUCAAACAAGUCACCGAACAAAUGCUACCGGUUAUGGAACAUGAUUUCAAAGUUUGA